AUGUCUGAGAUCUACCAGGAUUCAAUGGCCAUUACACGGUUUCAUCAUCAUCCAGAUAUCUUCCUAACAAUGACUGCAAAAGAAAUCAAAAAAGGAAAUGUGUUUGGAACAGUUGUUGCGCAUGUCCACACGAUCGAAUUUCAAAAGCGUGGUGUACCUCAUAUUCACACUCUUAUAUUCUUGGAUGGCCCUGAAAAAAUUCACACCGUUGAACAAGUCGACAAGUUUGUUUAUGCGGAGUUCCCAGACGAAGAAACUGAUCCAGUUUUGUUUGAGACCGUUAGAAAGUGUGUGGUACAUGGACCAUGUGGCCCGGAUUCCAUGUGCAUGAAAAAUGGAAGAUGUAGCAGAGGAUAUCAAAAAAAAAAAAAUUCAGAGAGAACAAGUCUGGAUGAAGGAGGGUAUCCAAUCUAUCAUAGACGCGAUGAUGGUAAAGAGGUGAUUAUCCGCAAAUCAUUCAAAGCAAAUAACACAAAUGUUGUACCGUACAACCCUUAUUUGUCCAGGAUGUUCAACUGCCACAUUAAUGUUGAGGUCUGUGGUGGUGUUAGAGAUGUUAAAUAUAUACACAAAUAUAUCUAUAAAGGCCACGAUCGUGCAAUAUUAAUCGUCGGAGACUGUGACGAGGUGCAACAGUACAUUGAUGCAAGAUAUAUUGGUCCACCUGAGGCGGCAUAUCGUUUAUAUGGUAAUUGGAUGCAUGAAGAAGAGCCUACUGUUGUUCGACUGGCUAUUCAUCUUCCGGGUCAACAGAGAAUUGUGUACGAUCCAAAUAACCCAAUAGAUACAGUUAGUACUGCUGCGGAGGACUAUAAGUCAACAUUGAUGGCAUAUUUUGAGUACUACUGCAACAAUCCUACAACAAAAGCAUAUACAUACCAAGAUUUUCCCUAG